CAUGAGAUUAGUUCCUUACCCAAACUGGCGAACCGAGGAGGUGGAAAAAAAAACAAGGAAGUGGCCGGGUUGGGCAUUUAAAGUGACCGUUUUUUUUUUUUUUUACCUGUUAUACAAACCCCAAUAUUAACGCAAACAGCGCUUUCCAACCCCAUGGGGAAUUGGAGUGCAUUCCAAGCAUAGCAAACUCCCGAGAGCACCAUUAGAGGAUGCUCCUUUCUCCCAAGACGAAUAAGAAUGGCACACACGACGUCCGGCUGAGUCCAAACCACGCUUGUUGUCGGCUCCCUGGAAGCAGAAGCGUCAAAAUAUGUGCGCGGACUCCGCAAGAUAACACGGAGUAACCCGUCGGGCCCUUACGUUUCAAAUAGCUCCAAUUAGGUCGUCAUGAACUUGGUGACGUGGGAGAACCUCCACGAGGUGCGCCGGUUGUGCCACUGGGGGCCGGUCAUCGCCCUGUCCGUCGUCGUCGUGUGCUCCACGAUGGCCGUGCUGGACUCCAUCGUCUGGUACUGGCCCCUGGACACGGCCGGCGGCAGCAUCAACUUCAUAAUGCUCCUUAACUGGACCGUCCUCAUCCUUUACAACUACUUCAACGCCAUGUUCGUCGGGCCCGGGUACAUCCCCCUCAGAUGGAAACCCGAGAACCAAGAGGAGACCCAGUACUUGCAGUUCUGCAGAGUUUGCCAAGGGUUCAAGGCACCGAGGUCCCACCAUUGCCGCAAGUGUAACAGGUGUGUGAUGAAGAUGGACCACCACUGCCCGUGGAUCAACAACUGCUGCGGCCACCAGAACCACGCCUACUUCACCAGCUUCCUGCUGCUGGCCCCGCUGGGCUGCUCGCACGCCGCCAUUAUCUUCGUCAUGACCAUGUACACGCAGCUCUACGAGAAGGUGUCAUUCGGCUGGAGCACGGUGAAGAUCGACAUGAGCGCCGUGCGCCAGAGCCGGCCCCUCGUGCCCUUCAGCGUCGCCGCCUUCGCCGCCACCCUCUUCGCCUUGGGCCUGGCGCUCGGCACCACCAUCGCCGUGGGCAUGCUCUUCGUCAUACAGCUAAAAGUCAUCAUUCGUAACAAAACCUCAAUAGAGUCUUGGAUCGAGGAAAAGGCCAAAGAGCGAAUACAGCACUACCAAACCGGGGAGGAGUUCAUCUUCCCGUACGACCUCGGCAGCCGCCGCCUCAACUUCAAGGAGGUCUUCACGUGGUCGGGGGCGCCCAAAGGAGACGGCCUCCGCUGGCCCGUCCACCCCAAGUGUCACCAGCACACCUUAACGAUCGAGCAGCUGAAGCAGAAGGCCGACAAACGAGCGAGGAGCGUGCAGUACCAGGCGGUGGAGGACUACAGCGGCGCUUGCUGCCCCGUGACCAAGGGGAUCCAGACCUUUUUCCGGACCCCGUGCACAGAGGAGCCCAGGAUACCGUUACAGCGGGGGGACACCAUCCUGGCCACCCGUGGAACCAAAUGGUGGAUGUACGGAGACAAAGUUUUAAACGAGGAGCAAACGAGAGCCGGGGAUCGCAUCCGCGGGUGGUUUCCGCGGCGAUGCGUGGAGAAGUGCCAUUACGACACGGCGACCGUCGACAGCGCCGGCGAUAAGAAAGCCAACUGAAGGGCGAAAACGUAUAGCGAUGUCACUCGGCGUGCAUAAAUGUUGUGGUCAGCACACGUUUUGAUACCGACUUGAAUUUGUCCUCAUGAAAAGGCCUGCAAGUCUUACUCAGCAUCAGUCACGUGAACGACAGAAGAGUCUUAAUUUCACCGAGGCUGUAACGCGAGCGCAUAAGACGUCCGACUUGAAUUCCGUGGUUUUGUACGCGUGCCAAUGUCGUGCAUUUUUUGCUAAUUAUGCAAUGCCUCUGCUGCCCCAGCCGGCCGAGCCCGGGGCCUCGUCAUGCAACUCUUUCUACUACUGUAGCCCAAUGAAUAGCGCUUGACUCUGUUUUUAUUAUGUUUUGUAAAAACAAGCUGUUUGCCUCAAAUUAAAAAAAAAAAAAGAUUCCAAAACAUUUCCUUUUUUUUGUAAUAAUUACAAACAAGCCAAAAGUCAUCAUCCUCAUGCAUUUGCCAUAAAAGAGUCUGUCCAGGGGCAAAGGUCAAGACACUGGUCAGAAAAGAUCGGAGCUUCACUAUUGAUUAUGUCAUCAGCUUGUGACGCG